AUGCAGUUCUUUUCUGCAAAAAUAAAAAAACAGAUUGCUUUCGAGUGAAUCUAGUGCAUCCGGAAGCCAUUUCUUUCAUUGCGAAAAAAGUAGGGUCUAACUUUAUUUCCGCUUUCUUCACGUUUUUAUAAAUCGCCAUGGAAUAUACAAUGUAUCCUACUGAUAUAACGCGGGAGAUUUAUCCAACUCAUGAAGCUACUGAUCAUGACUUGCCGGGAAUAGCGGACCAGGUUCUUCAGUCCCUUAGUCUUGGAUUGAUCAUGGCGGGAACUCUCAUCUUCAACACCUUGACAAUUUUCAUCAUUCUUCGCGUGAAAUCUUUGAGAUGCAUACCUCACAACCUGUUGAUCUUAAAUCUGGCGAUUGCGGACCUGGGGGUGGUUCUGUGUAGCAUGUUGUUUUCUUUCGUCUCCAUCUUUGACAAUGGAUACUUUCUCAGCUCUCAUCGAAAAGUAUGCAUGGUUCAAGGCUUCUUGGUAAUCACGGUUAGCUUUACCAAUCUCCCCACCAUUCUCUCGAUCGCCGUAGAUCGUUUGCUUAUCCUCGUCCUGUCCCGCCAUUUCCAGCCGAACCGAAGCCGGGUGCUCGUCAUGGUCGCCAUAUCCUGGCUAGUCGGUGCGACCGUGGCGACCGUGGCGACCGUCUCCGCAACGAUCGGGCACGCUACUUACAUCAGCUACCAUCCGGGAACUCUCCACUGCUCAAUGAUGUGGCGGGAGAAUGAAUCUUUCCGCAUCAAUACGAUUAUAUUGAACUACGGAUUUUUCGUUCUCUCCUUGCUCGGCUGCUAUGUUUCCAUUACCUACCAUCUCUGGAAGGAAGAAAGACGCCUGAAAAGUCAUUCUUUGUCGAGGUCCAAGGCAACGGACAGGGUGACCAUGUCCACAGCUGUGACAGAGGGUGCUACACCUAAACCAGAUGAGGGUGCACAGCAAGAUUCGGGAGAAGGCAAUGAGAGUUGGAUAUUUUCACACAGUGCCUUAGCGACCAAAGACAGAGUGGAAUUCAGUGAAACUCACUCAAAUCACCACUUGCAGGAUGAGCAAGAUGGCGCCCAUACCACCAAUGUGACCACAGCGAAGAAGAAUAGACUGAAGAUUGAGAGGCGUAAACAUAUGGCACACAAGCGAGUUGCAAAAAUGGCCAUACUACUGGUCCUCGCGGUCGUUACUUGCUGGACACCAUACAUGCUCUACCACUCGAAGCUCAUCGGGAGCCACGAAACCGCUCGCCUGGGAGUCUUUACCAUGUGGAUGGCGUAUUGCAACGCCCUCAUCGAUCCACUCAUCUACGCCUUCGUCAACAGGAGUGUCAGGGCUGAGAUGCGUCGAGUUGUCAGGAAUAUGCGUCGUAUUAUUUCAUCGAUUGGAUCAAAGGUUCCUUGAAAUUGAACCGAAAACUGUUUUUCUUCUUUGCAUGAGCGCUUUGAAGGAUGUUGUUACGAUAACCCGUUGUUUAAAUGUCAUUUUGUUCCUACCAGUGGCGGCUAUAGAGGGAAAGGGCGAUAUCAUUCUUCAAUUCUCCCACACGAAAUUUCAAACACCCCCUCUCACACACACACUCAUCAAACUUGUUAUCAACGCGCCGACAGUCUUUCAGUACAAUACACAGACGGGAAUGAAGCCCUCUAUGGAAGCCCUCUUAUUCAUUUAUUUAUUCAUGAUUAUAGAUGGACUAAUAACAUUUCUAUUCCACAUACAAAGAAUCUUGCACUACGAUUGGUCAAAAGUAAAUCACUUGAUGAAAGAUAGUUCGCCCAUCAUUGAUGGGAGAAGAAAAGUUCGUUGCACUGUGUAGAUAGUAGUACUAUUUUAGUGCAACGCACUUUCUUGUAUACGUUGCGUAUAUGUACGUAAUACGUACACAACAGUACUGCAUGCACUGUACGUGUCGUACACCGUUUGCUAGCUGUUAAUUGAUGAUUUGUUGCUCUAAA